AUGGUGAUUCCAAUCGUCAAUUCUUCACCAAAUCAAUAUUCUCAAAUCAAUCAUUCUGAUCCUUUAUACCUGCAUCCAUCUGAUCAACCUAGAAUGUUAUUAGUUUCAAAACAAUUCGAUGGUUCAAAUUUCAAUUCCUGGAACAAAGCUAUGUCAAUUGCCCUGUCUGCUAAAAACGAAUUGGGAUUCGUGAAUGGAAAAAUCCUCAAACCAGAUGAAAAUGAUCCUAAUCUUGAUACAUGGCAAUGUUGCAAUGAUAUGGUGACAUCAUGGAUCCUGAAUGUUUUAUCUGGAGACAUUGCAGAAUCAGUCAUAUAUUCAUCUUCAUCUUACGAGAUCUGGAACGAACUUGAUGCACGUUUUGGUCAAUCAAAUGGCGCAAAACUCCAUCAAUUGCAAAAGGAGAUCUCAGAUCUGUCUCAAGGAACAAGCGAUUUAGCCACAUACACCAAACUCAAGAAGUUUUGGGAUGAAUUGAGUGCUUUAUCAUCUGUACUUGCAUGUACCUGUGGAGCGAUGCACAAGAUUCAAGAACUCGAACAAAAUAAAAAACUGAUCAAAUUUCUCAUGGGGCUCAAUAGCGAUUAUUCAUCCGCUAGAGGUAACAUCCUUAUGAUGAAACCUCUUCCAACUGUCUCUCAAGCUUAUGCUCUCUUAAUUCAAGAUGAGAAACAAAGAGAGGUUCAUUCUGCAUAA